AUGGUUCAUCGUGUAUGGAAGGUGGCGAAGUCUGUACUGAAGACAGCUUCGAGAGCACUUAUGUUUCGAAGGAAGAGCAAGCAACUGGAAGUUUGCAAACCUGCUGGCGACCCAGCCAAAAAGAAGCAAAAGAAAAAGAUCAAAGAAGAGAUGAACUUGAUGAAACCAGAGUUUAGAGCCAAUGAUCCUCCGUAUUGCAAAGAUGAAGUGGCGGUAGACGCUGCCAAACGUCUCAAGAAAGAAGCUGGAUACUCUGGAGAUACGGUGGAGUCUGUGAUGCCGGAGUUUGUCUUCUCCGCCGGCGUGGGUGGCUCUGUUAUGGAGGGCGCAGUUGCUGGUGAGAAGAGAGCUCGUACUCAAGAGAUGAUGGAUGUUGGUGGAUUGGAUUCAGAUGACCCUUCUCCCCCUUUGCCUCCAAUUUCGAUGAGCUUCAAGGAUAAGGUUUCUGGGGAUUUUGGCAUGGCUGAGGAUCAAUUGGUGAUUGGAGAUUAUGAUUUUGUAAUCGAACAAGGGGAGAUCCCUUCAAUCCAAUUUUCUGAUAAAGUUAAGAGUUGUUUGUUUCGGCCAUGGCGCACGGCUGUAAUUCUGAAGCUUAUGGGUCGGCCGCUAUCUUAUGCUUUCUUGAGGACUCGUCUCCUUCAGAAGUGGGAUCUUAAGGGUCCGAUGAGCCUAAUUGAUUUGGAGAACAACUAUUUCAUUGCUAAGUUCCUGUUAGCGGAAGAUAUGAGAUAUGUUCUCUCGGGUGGUCCUUGGCAAAUUGCUAGGCAGUAUGUGGUGACCCAACAAUGGAAGCCUGGGUUUAAUGCCAAAGAAGAAAAGAUCACUCAUAUGACUGCCUGGAUUCGGAUUAAUGGCUUGAAUGUGGAGUAUUUUCGCUCAGAUGUUAUGGAGAAGAUUGGGAAUCUUAUUGGUACCACUGUUAAGGUUGAUGCUUAUACCAUGAGUCAAGCUCGAGGUAAAUUUGCUAGAGUCUGUGUUGAACUUGAUUUAGCUAAACCUCUAACCCCUUUCAUUAAGGUGGAAGGUCGUUCUUAUGGGGUGGUAUAUGAGGGUAUUCAAUUAGUCUGUUUUGAAUGUGGGUGUUAUGGUCAUGGUAGAGACUCUUGCCCUGUUAUUUUGCAAGCCAAAAAACAGGAGUCAAAUUCAGGUCAUGCUGAGAAUAUGGAGGUUAAUACUUCGGCUAAGAGUGGUGGGCUCAGUGUGAAUAAUCCUAUUACCAAAGAUGCUGAGGUUCCAGCUAAGAUGCAUGGGCAGUGGAUGUUAAUGAAACCAAGAAGUUUUAAUAAAAAGAAGGUGGUGAGUGAGUCAAGGAAGGUUCCUGAGUUAGGAAAAUUUAAUUCAAAGGAGUCUGGGUCUAAGGACGCUGAUAUCCUUUCUGGGUCUAGGUUCAAUGUUCUUGUUGAGGAGGAUAGUGGGAAGAAUGAUAUGGAGGGGUUUACUCCUGUUAGCACAAGGAGGAAUGUGAGGUCUGCCACUCCUCCUAGGGCUAAUCUACUUUUUAAGGCUAAAUCAUUUGGAAAGCAACCUUCGCAUCCUCGUGAGUCUUCACCUUGGGUUUUUAAAAAGCCUUUGAAGGACAUCAGCAAUGCUUCCUCAUCCAAUGUGGGAGGUGUUGUGGUUAAGGGUGGCCCAAAUUUGAGGAAGCCUUGGAGAAAUAAUGUGGGGGCUAAACCUGUUAAUGCUCAUGGGUUGGAAUCUAUGGGGUUGCAAAUCAGUGGUUCUGAGGUGCAAGAUGAUGUUCGUGGGCUGCAUGAAGCUGAGUCUCCUGGUGUGAGUUCUGCCUCUGAUGAUAUGGAUCAACAUAGGGACUUCACGGAUUCUGGUUUGUCUGCUUUUGGUUUGCCUACUGGUAUGGUUUGUGAGCAUGAUGGCUCUGCUCUUGAGGCAGAGCUAUUGCAUAUCUAG